UUAGCUGGAAUUCUCGCUAGUCGCUACAGUCUACACGCAUAUGUACUGGUCGUUUAUCUCUUUUCAAAAUCGUCCUUUGUUAUUGCAGAGUGCAUCAGUUGUUCAAGUUGUUGCAUUCAACAAACAGCACACUGUCAUGCUACGGAAGAAGACCCGAGUGAAAGGCGCGUUUUGGUUUGCUUUUUCAACCCCGCAGUGUGCCUCCGAUCACAGUCACAGAGUAAAUUAGAAUUUCGAGGUGAUGUCAGUACCUAAAUCUGCAAGUAUAUCAAUAUCAGUCUUCGUCGAAGAAACGCAAAAGUAUUGGGAUCGCCUAAGAGAUGUCAGCACAAGGCUUCGGAGACAGAGGCGAGGAAAGCAGGGAGCUAAGAUUCAACAAUAGAACCGCUAAGACGACACAGCUCAACCUCAAGUGCAGUUAUAUAUGAAAAUCUCCGAUGUAUCGGCGUGCUCAAACUACAACUAUGCCAUCACUACAGCUUGAUUGUACGGUGCUCUUCACUUGAGUGUCUUUCGAAGUAAGAACAGUCAUCCAUUCAUCAGGCCAUCGCAAGAGACAGUGAACCCCUGGAUCAUCAUUUUUCAACCAGCCUUAAAUAAUGCAAUUGCCGCCGAAAUCUCAUUCCGAUGCCAUCCAGGAUUAAUCGUAUCACAGCAGAACAACAGAAUCAAUAUAAAUCGGCGAUGCAGUAGCUCGAAGCAAGAAUACAUAAAGGUGAUAACAGCAAGCUGGACUGACCGGCUUCCUCUUCCCUAAUACAACAGCGGUCUAAUACAAAAGCAGGAGAGCAUUAGCUUCACAGCGAUAUCAGCUAAACACGCUGUACAUAUACGACGAACAGCACACUGCACUCCAGCCGAUGAAAGAACGGAGCGCGCGCUAGCCUGCUAUAUAGUAUAGGUAUCUUACAAAACGAAAUAUAAACCAGACGGGCUGAGAACGCAUGCGCGCCACGGGACUUUUCCUCUCGACGCUGCUGCCGUGUGCGACUUCGGCCUAUCGCCAUCAGUAGUCGCUGUACUCGCAGCCCAGUAGUCGCCUUUCACGCCGGUGCAGUGUGUCAGUUCCCGAGCCAAAAGACGAACAAUAACAGCAGCAGCCGCAGCGGUGCGCGCGUUCUCAGCCAGUGCACUAACAGUGUCGUGCGGGUGCGGCCUCGAAGUGUUCAAGUCUCUAGAGAAGGUGAUACCAGUGUCGAUUGCUGGAACAUGCUUUCUGGCGCAGCGACGACGACCAGGACAACGGCCGCUGCUACGCCGUGCUGCGCCGCGCUGCUGCUGAUCAUGGGCGGCGAGCCCUCGGCACCUGGCCGAACGAUCGGGCAACUGCAACAGUGCGCCCAGAGGAUCACGCUCCGGCGACUACUCGCCUAGGAGAAGAGCUCUGUCCGUGCCCCUGCUAGCGAGAGUCCUAGAAGUUUCGAGGAACGCAACGGGAGCGAGCGAGACAGAGACAGGGAGAGGGGAAGUGAGAGAGGAGAGAGAGAAAGAGAGUGAGAGAGAGGACAGGAAGCAGGGCCGCUUUAAAGGCCCAUGCGCGCCGACGAGAUCACUGCUGCUGCCAUGGCUUCGGUUAAAGUGGCUGUGAGGGUUCGACCCUUUAACAAAAGGGAGUUGGCGAUGAACGCGAAGCUUGUCGUACAGAUGGAUGGCAAGCGGACUCGGAUCUUCAAUACGAAGACGCCGGGCAGCGCUCGGGACAUCGACAGAGAGAAGUACAAGGAUUUCACCUUCGAUCACUCGUACUGGUCUUUCGAUGACACCGACGAGAAUUACGCGUCGCAAGAGGAGGUCUUUUACGAUCUCGGAACGGAAGUUAUAGAAAGUGCCUUUGAAGGAUACAAUGCCUGCGUCUUCGCUUACGGACAAACGGGUUCCGGAAAGACUUUUACGAUGAUGGGCUCGCCUGAAUCCCAGGGGCUGAUACCGCGCAUCUGUAAGACGUUAUUCGCGCGGAUGGCGGCGGGCAAGGAGAGCGGUGCGUCCUACAGGACCGAAGUCUCCUUUCUCGAGAUACACAACGAGCGAGUGCGCGAUCUCCUUAGACCCGAUCAGACGAUGUCGCAUUCGCUCCGGGUCAGGGAGCAUCCAAAGAGAGGUCCUUAUGUUCAGGACCUGUCCAACCACCUAGUCUACGAUUAUUCGGAUAUUCAGGAAUGCAUGGUUAGAGGAAACACGCACAGGACUACGGCCAGCACAAAUAUGAACGACGUCAGUAGUCGGAGUCACGCCAUUUUUACGAUAACCUUCGUACAGGCCGGCUUCAACGAGAACAACAUGCCAUCCGAGACGGUGUCUAAGGUGCAUCUCGUCGACUUGGCUGGCAGUGAAAGAGCCAACGCAACUGGUGCGACCGGCCAGCGUCUCAAAGAAGGUGCGCACAUCAACAAAUCCCUGGUGACCCUGGGCUCGGUGAUAUCGGCUCUCGCAGAGCUCAGCUCAACCGAUUCGAAUUGCUCAAGGCGCAGCAUCUUUAUACCAUAUCGUGAUAGUGUCUUAACGUGGUUACUCAAAGACUCGCUAGGCGGCAAUUCCAAAACGAUCAUGAUUGCAGCGAUAAGUCCAGCGGAUUGCAACUAUGGAGAAACACUAAGCACACUGAGGUAUGCGAAUCGUGCGAAGAAUAUUAUCAACAAACCAACGAUCAACGAAGAUCCGAACGUUAAGUUGAUCAGAGAGCUUAGAGAAGAGAUUCAAAAGCUUAAGUCGCUCAUAGGCAAAGAUGUUAGCACCGAACGACCACUACUCGCCCAGAUAUACGAGAAGCAAGAGCAAGAGAAAGUGCUGACUGAAGAAUGGGCAGAGAAAUGGCGCGAGACGCAAAAAAUUUUAUCGGAACAGCGUGCCCUGGGCCUACGUAAGAGCGGCGUUGGCGUCGUACUCGACUCGGAGAUGCCUCACCUCGUUGGAAUUGACGAUGAUCUUCUUAGUACCGGUGUAACCCUUUACCAUCUAAAGGAGGGCAGGACACUUGUUGGGACUGAGGAUGCAGUAACGACGCAGGAUAUCGUGCUUACGGGCGUGGACGUCGAGCCGGAACACUGCGUCGUGGAACUAGAAGGAGGUACCGCGACUUUACACCCCUUAUCUCCCCACUGUUGGAUCAACACCGCCCAAGUAGAUAAACCAACACGGCUCUCGCAGGGCUGUAUCAUCCUGCUUGGUCGCAACAACAUGUUCCGCUAUAACGACCCAGUAGAAGCAGCGAAACUGCGUAAGGAAGGUGGCCUCGGCAAUGGCAACCUUCAGUCGACGGUGGUCAAUCUAUCGAGGCUAUCGCUGCUCAGUUGGAGCGUUUCGGAUCUUCACGUCUCCAGUUCCAGCGACAACCUGUUGAACUCUAGUGAGGAUCUGAGAGCCAUUGAAGAAUUGGAGCAGCAAAAAGCCGCGCUCAUUAAGGAGAAAGAAGACUUUAAGCGGGAACAGGAAGAACGCGAAGAGCGUUGGGCUGCACGACGCGAAGCCCUGGAGGAGGCCCAGCGGGAACUGGAGCGCGAAUGGGGCGCCCAGUGGCGCGAAUGGGCUGAGGGCAUAGCCGCCCUCGAGCGCCGACAACGUGAGCUCCGCCAGCGACGCCAGCUGCUCGAACAAGAACGCCGCGACGAGAUGACCCAAGUAGAAAGUUUGUGUAGGGAAGUCGCCUCUCUUCGCACCACUCUGCAGUCCAAGCAUCGUCAGUUCCAAGAGUUCAUGAACGUACAAAAUCGCAGGGAGCGACAGCGCCGCAUCUCGGAGCAGACCGACGAAGGCGCGGGAAGCGAUGGCAGUUUACCGGAAUCCUGGUCCAGUUUCAACGAGGACAAGUCGGUUGAUGCCAUGAAGAAGUUCGUCAGCAACAACAAGGAGCUCGCAGCGCUAGAACUCGAACUGCAGAACAAAAUGCGGACCCUGAACGAGCGUCAGAGCAAAAUCGACAAAAUGGACGAGGAGCUAACAGAUCUCACGGAAAGACAGAAGGAAAUCAGCAGCCUGGAGCAAGAGGGCAUCACCGACAAGAAAAUCCUACUGGCGGCUCGUUCGCAGGAGCAGCUCGAGGAGAUACUGCGGCGCAAGCGGAGCCUGUCCCUGAACCUGAAACGUGCCCUGCCGGCCUCUCCGGGUGGCCGGUCCUCGAGCAGCGGCGAUGCCAGUAGCGACGACAUGCUCUCGAGCACGGAUCAGCUGCGGUUCUCGCAGAACGGCAGCAGUCUCCAAGAAGACGACGAGAACCACAACCGCAAGCGCAAGAUCGCCGCGGCCCUCAACCUCAUGUACCCCGAGCUCAUCACCAGCUCCAUCGACACGGUCGAGACCUUUCACACCGCGGCUGCUGACUCGCCGGAAGUACAGUUUCCCGAACUCGAGGCUAAAACUGCUACUACCACUGCUUCUAGUAGCACCACAGAGAAGACUGCGGAGAAGCCGAAGAUGCAGGAGGAACAAAACGAGGACAGUAAGAGCGACAAUGAUUUGGACUUUAAAACCUCGAUCGACGAGAUCAGGGUCUUUCAAAGAGCCGUUGGCGAGACCAAUCAUAACGGAGCAGAUGGCAAUUUCACUAGCAGUGCGGAGUUGUCUGAAAAGCAAGCUUGCAACGGCACUGCUGAGACCAACGGUGUCACACAGCUGGAGUCUUCCGUAGACGAGUCGUUGCUGGAAAGCAGUCAGACGAUGAAGCGGCUGAACCAAAAGAUCACCCGCCAGCGCGCUCUCGUGAUGAAGUGCCUGGAAGCGAGUCCACCCUCCAAGGACGAGCUGAACCGCCAGAUAGCCGCGUUACAGGACCUCCAACGGCAACAGAUCGAGCUCGAAGUCUCACUGCUCGAACAGGAGCGUAAGUCCAAUGGGCAACUUGCUGAAGAGCCGCCUACCAUUGUACCCCCGCCAGUCGUCAACGACGACAGCGACAAAGUGUCGAGGAUCUCAGAACAGACGUGCAACGGAGACGCGGAGAUGAGAAGACCAUCCGGCUUGGAACAAAGUUCCUCUAUUUGCAACAGUACCAUGAGUCUGUCUAACUCUGUAACAAGAUCGCAUCUCAGGUCCAGGCAGUCGAAUGAUGAGGAUGACAAGUCAAGGCGGAUCGCGGCGAGAGUUCCACAGACUAGAGGCUACUCAUCGGUUUAUCUCACGAGUCAAAAUCGAGGUGAACGUCUAACAAGUCCUUAUGCUCUGACGAUAACGCGAUCCUUGCCAUCGUUAAUAGCGAAUGAUAGCGAUGGUGACAGCGUGAUUAACAUGAUCAUCAGCGUGCCAUCGUACGUCAUACGCGGCGCUGGUACCUCGAGUCACUACGAAUACGAAGUACGUGUCAUUGCUGCAGAUGACAGUUGGACCUUGCUGCGUAGGUACAGAAGAUUUCGAGAACUGUAUGUCUCGAUGCGCCAAAAGUACGGCAGUAAGGUAUCCGGUAUUCGCUUCCCACCUCGACAGGUAUUUGCCAGGUACGAGAUGAUUGCGCGUCAACGUCGGAAGCGCCUUGAGGAAUACCUCCGUCGUCUUAUUCAAGUCUGCUCGGAACUGCCUAAUUGCGAACCACUCUACAAGUUCAAGGGUAAUUUGAGCAACAUCGACAAGCAAUCGUUGCUUGAAUUUAGUUCAUUCUUCCGUCGAGGCACUUUCGAAAGCAGCAAAUACGGCACUAGUUAGGAUUAUAAAAUAAUUAAAGUUUGGCGUGCGAUAUUUUUUUGAAUUUUUUACAGCGCUUGCAAUAUGAAUAAACAGGAGGCACGUUCUCUCUAUUGUGUGUAUCAUAGUCGUUGUCUCAAGAAAAAAUUUCUGGAGAUUGCCGAAGCACGAGUAAUGUAUACCAAAGGUGAUGCAAACGAGUAGGCGAGAACAAAAAGUGCUUGACUUGUCUGCUCUGGUGGAAAUGUGGUUUUCAUUUUUAUUUAAUUCAACUAAAGCAGUUGAACGUUUUUUUUAUUCAAACAUUCAAUAUUGGCCGCCAUUUUCUUCAGAUAUUGGAAUUGGAAUUCAUUGCACUAAUUCAACAAUUUUUACUAAAAUAUUAUUGAUACUUUGUAUACAUUAUAGUACUCAUGAUUAAUACAUUAUAAGUAAUUUACUAAAAUAUUUAAUUUCACAAUAAGUACAUAUAUCAUUAAUACUUUUAUUAAGAUUAUGAUACAUUUUUCAGUUUUAAAAGCUAACAAUUUCUUGCUAGAAAAUAUGUUUCCACUAGGGUUGUAAACGAAUUUAAUAAGCGAUAGAGCGAUAAGGAAUAAAUAGAAAUACCUCGAAAAGGCUUUAACCCAAUAAAUAGUUUUUUUUUUAA